UCAUGUGUUUGUGUAACGACUGAAAAGAAGGAAGAACGCGCAGACGGACCACAUGAAGCCACAGCCUCCAACUGACAUCACAUCAUGUCAUGGUGUGACACUGCGAAGAUGUUCAGAUGGUUCAACUGAUUCUGCCGAGCUGAUCAUGGAUUACUCUCAGGCUUUCUCCGUCCUGAAUCAGAGGCUGCGACCUCGAUACCUCGGCAUCGCACAGCUCGUAUCACCUCUACAAGUAGUGGAUGAAACACAGGUGGGCUCCCUCAGGAGUAAAACUACAUCUCAGCGACCAACUGUUGUGCUAACAGAAAUGGAUCCAAAAGACUCUGCGACUAAAAGAGAACCAGGAGAUCCAGAGGAAGCUGGAAAUGAACAGGAUUUGGUUUCUGAUGGCCUGCAAGAAGAAACCUUUGCUGCUCUGCCGGGAUUCACCACCUCAAGCGUUCUCUCUGAGAUGAAUUUGAAUGAUGUCGGUGAAGGGGAGAGCGCCGACGAUGACAGCAGCACCUCACAGUCCGAGGAGAAAGACAGCUCAGGUGAGCUGACCUCAGACGGGACAAGAGACUCUACGAGAGCUUUGACUGGUGAAGAUAGGAGCCCCUUCCAGAGGGCCUUCUUUGACGGGACCUUACCAGACCUGCUGAAAAAUGGCAAGCCACUUGGCAGACGCAGAACUCUGGGACACGUCUCUGAAACGCUUAAAGAAGUACGCAGAGAAGUGGAGCUGUCUCGGAGGAGAAGCAUCAAGCUGAAAGCCCAGGUGGACAAACUACAGGAGAAAAGAGAGGGAUCAGGCUGGAGUCAACACAGAGAGAGGGUCACAGAAGAGGUUCUGUCCAUUCUGAGGCUGCUCCACCCGCUGACGGAGCCGGAGUCCAGCCAACCGGAGCCGUCUGAAGGGGAAAACUGCCUGGACGCUGCUCUGGCACAGCUGCAGAAUGUGGCUCGCAAACUGGCCAUCAGCCAAACCAAACAGGAAAUAAAACCUGGAAAAAAGGGAGAGGAGAGUGCUAUUCUGCAGCAGGCCUUGUGGGACAGAGAUGAAGCCAUAGAGAAGAAGAAAGCGAUGGAGGCCGAGCUGCUUCGGAGUAAGACGGAGCUGAUGGCACUGAACAACCAGCUGCUGGAGGCUGUGCAGAAACGUCUGGAGCUGUCGUUGGAGGUCGAGGCCUGGAAGGAGGACGUUCAGAGGAUCCUCCAGCAGCAGCUACAGAGUCAGCAGCAGGCAGAGCAGGCUCAGAAGAAGAGUUCUCGUUUAGGCAUCCUCAGGAGAGGCAACAAACCCAUCCAGCGGCCAUCCAACUUCCUUCUGUCCACGUCAACCCCUCCCACUACCAACACGAAGCAAAUCUCCAGAUCUGCUGCUCCGGCUCCCAGCACGCCUCCUUCCAGCCUCAGGUGGAAGCCGAGGAGGGGCAAGAGCAGCCGUCAAGCAGACCAGGAUUCAGAGUUCGGUCGGGAAGAUGACGGCUUCCGGAACGUGUCACUUGAUUAACACAGUGCUGACACUGAGUGCACACUUACAUCUACUUAAAGUCGCUCUUCAGUCAUAAAAGUGCUUCUUACCGUCCCUUACUGAAUCAUGUUUAACACUCAAAGGUUGUUUUUACAUUUAUCUGCUGAAGGGGGAAGCUUCACUUAAAAUCUGAGUUUAACCUGCAUGUGAGCAGUUUUUUGUGACAACAUAACUAGUUGGAAAACAUCCAUGCACUAAUAUGUAGCCGGCGAUGUGGAAAUACUUCAGUGCACAAACAUAAGACUAGAAAAGCACUCAGAGAGCGCAGACCUCCGCCAAGGAUAUUGACAUUCCCAUGGAACAUUGUAUUCACAUACAUUUAUAUACGAUUUAGAACAUUUUGGACGACAUACUAAACUAUGACAUUUUUGGUGACAUUUUGGACAACAUACGAAAAUAUGACAUUUUACUGAAAUUUUGGACGACAUACUAAACUAUGACUUUUUUCUCACAUUUUAGACCACAUACUAAACUAUGACGAUUAUGUCACAUUUUGGACGACACACUAAACUAUGACUUUUUUUACAUUGUGGACGACAUACUAAACUAUGACGUUUUUGGUGACAUUUUGGAUGACAUACUAAAAUAUGACGUUUAUGUCAUUUUUUGGACAACAUACUAAACUAUGACGUUUUUGGUGACAUUUUGGACGACACACUAAACUAUGACUUUUUUCUCACAUUUUAGACCACAUACUAAACUAUGACGAUUAUGUCACAUUUUGGACGACAUACUAAACUAUGACUUUUUUUUACAUUGUGGACGACAUACUAAACUAUGACGUUUUUGGUGACAUUUUGGACGACAUACUAAACUAUGACUUUUUUUACAUUGUGGACGACAUACUAAACUAUGACGAUUAUGUCACAUUUUGGACGACAUACUAAACUAUGACUUUUUUUACAUUUUGGAUGACAUACUAAAAUAUGACGUUUAUGUCAUUUUUUGGACAACAUGCUAAACUAUGAUGUUUUUGUCACAUUUUGGAUGACAAACUAAACUACGACGUUUCAGUUACAUUUUGGACAACAUACCAAACUAUGACUCAGAGAGCGCAGACCUCCGCCAAGGAUAUUGACAUUCCCAUGGAACAUUGUAUUCACAUACAUUUAUGUACAAUUUAGAAAUUGAAGUAUUGUAUUGUAUUUUCAUGGAAACAUAAGACAUAUAUUUUCAUGAACAAUUUUAUUCCAUUCUUAAUUAAUCAACAUGGAGAGAGGAAAACAGGAAACCCAUGCAGUAAAGGAUCAUGAGCUGGAAUUAAACCUGCAUCUCUGACACAGUUCUGUUUAUGAAUCACCUUCUUAACCAGUUGAGCUAUCUGGACACCUUGCUCCAACUUGUUGGACGACAUACUAACCUAUGAUGUUUUUGUCAUAUUUUGGACCACAUACUAAAAAAUUCAAAGUGAUCCAGAAUCCAGGAUCCUUUCCGGAUUGCCACCAAAAAUAAAUCAGCUCUUCCUCUUAUCAUAGUCUACAUCCCCUGAAAAUUUCAUUUGAAUCUGAGCAUGCAUUUUUGAGUUAUCUUGUUAACAGACAGACAGACAGACAGACACACAAACGCCGGGUGUCACAUAACCUCCUUGGCGGAGGUAACAAGGAACUUUUCAUUGGAUUAGGAGACUUCUUGUGUCUGGCGGUCACACUUGUACAAUAAACUAUAUUUGCAUAUUCAUAGAUUCUGGAUGUCUCAGUGCGGAGCGAGGCAAAGAUGCCAUUUUAAUAAAGUAACUGAACUUCCUUUGUGGAAAAACCGUAUCACGCACAAUAUUACUAACCCUCCUGUUGUCCUGCUAGUCCAAAUUGACCCGGUUUAAAGUUUGAAAAUGUGGAAAAAGAAAAAAUAUUUCCACAGUCAAGCUUCUAAUGUCCACAUUUUCAACACUUUUGCAAAAUCUUUGAACAUUUUUUGGUGGAAAAAGAAAUGUUAAAAAUAUUUCUUAAGAAAUAUUCACACAAAAAAAAUCAACCAAAAUCUAGCAAAAUUUGAUUUUUUGUGAAUGUUCUUAAAGAAAAUAUUAGAAGUUUUACUGAUAUAUAUGUAAUCACUUUAAAUAUUUGUAGGAUUUUUUUUGGAAGAUUUUUACUAAUUUUUUUGAAAAUAUAUGAAUUUUCUUGCCAAAUUUGGGUGAUUUUUUAAAAAAUAAAACUUUUCAUGAAUUAUUGGAAUUUUCGUCCUGAAGGUUUUGCAAAUAUUCUGAAAUUUGGGGAAUUGUUUUGCUAAAUUUUUGGAUUUUUUUCAGACAAGGAAACAAUAUUUUUUGGUGCCUGUAAACAAAGACAACAGGAGGGUUAAAGCAGAGUAUUUUUCAUAUUUGAAAACAUGUCGGGAGGAAAUGUUAUAUAUUUUCUUGGGAAACAUACUUCAUGUAUGUAUGAAGUAUAAUGGAUUGUGAAUAUACCACGUAAAUGUUUAAAAUUGUAACACUUAAAUGACUUAUUGACCUUAAUAUUUGUUACUUGUAAAUAAAUGGAAUUCUUAUACACAAA